AGGGGUCUACGAGUCCAUAUCAGCACAGCCCUCAGUUCCUCCGAUACUCAGGUGACUGCGGGGACCCGUGGGGCUUAGAGGCGACACAAGGGAGCGAGUAAAGGGAGAGGAGCGAGAAAGAGGAGGGUGCUGAAACAGCUAAAGUGGAGCAAAGUAAAGACAAGCCCGCUGGGGAGGAGGGAUGCAUAGCAAAAUGAAGCCUGCAAGUCUGGCAAAGCCACAAUGAAGAUAAAGACAAUCUCUGGUUCCUUAUGACAGCCAAGACAAAGCUCAGGUUGCCUCUGCUGGAUACGGCAGCUGUCUGUAGGCAGUGGCCAUUAAGGGACUAUGUAUUUCUUUGUGCAUUGCAAAAACCUUCUAAAACUGCACCACAGAAAAUUCCUGUCGCUCCUGCUGUUAUGACUGUCUUUCAGAUCAGUACUGCCCAAGUGGGACUGGUGCCCCGAGCUGAGAGAAUAUGAGAGUGAGUAUACCAUGUCCACCCCUGAAAUGAGCUGUGAAGUAGACUCCAAGAUUGACCACCUUUUCCAGCCCACAUUGUAUAUCAUUGUCAUCAUCUUUGGUUUGCCAGCAAACUGUCUGGCUCUGUGGGCUGCCUACUUACAGGUGAAGCAGAAGAAUGAGCUGGGAAUCUAUCUGAUAAACCUGUCUGUCGCCGACCUUCUCUACAUUGCCACUUUGCCCCUUUGGAUAGGCUAUUUCUUGCACCACGACAAAUGGAGUUAUGGCAAGGAAUCGUGCAAAUUCUUUGGGUUCAUCUUCUACACCAACAUCUACAUCAGCAUUGCUUUCUUGUGCUGCAUUUCCAUGGACCGCUAUUUGGCAGUUGCACACCCUUUGAAGUUUGCCAAGGUUCGGCGUGUGAAGACCGCCAUAAUAGUGAGCCUAGUGGUGUGGACAAUUGAGAUUGGGGCGAAUUCAGCCCCCCUGUUCCAUGAUGAGUUGUUUAAUGACCGCUAUAACCACACUUUCUGCUUUGAGAAAUACCCCAUGGAAAAGUGGGUGGCCUGGAUGAACCUCUACCGCAUCUUUGUUGGCUUUAUCUUCCCAUGGGUCCUUAUGCUGUUUUGCUAUCAGGGCAUUUUGCGUGCAGUCAAAGACAACGUCUCCAUUGAAAAGCAGGAGAAAGCCAAAAUCAAGAGGCUGGCUCUGAGCCUCAUAGUCAUAGUGCUCUUCUGCUUUGCUCCGUACCAUGUCAUCCUUCUUUCUCGCAGUGCCGUCUACAUGAGCAAGCCAUUUGACUGCAGCUUUGAGGAAAAUAUCUUCACCUCAUAUCAUGUCUCACUGGCCCUCACCAGCCUGAACUGUGUGGCUGACCCAAUCCUGUACUGUUUUGUCAAUGAGGGGGCACGAGGUGAUGUGACAAAAGCGCUAUCCACUGUGAUCCGCUUCUUCACCAAGACCCGAACCCAGGAGACUCUUGCCAGUGGCUCUCUCACCUUGGAGACGCCACUUUCUGCCAGGAAACUGAACUUCACCAAGUUCAGCACGUACAACACUGAGCUGACAAUUUUAAGGGAUGACAGCAUGCAGCUACACAUGCUCAGUAUUAAAAAGUAAGGAGCACGUGCGUACAGGAGCUAGCACAAAAGCAGACAGAGCUGGCCAGCAGCAGAGGACCUCCCCAUCUCGAGAAAGGUUGCUGCCAUGAGCUGGCCAGAGCAUGGGUACUACUGCACAACCACAAGAGGCCAAUUUGAUUGGAAGCUGCAGAGGUAUUCGAAGGGAAGUCACUCACCCUGUGGGCUCUCAGCUGUGCUGUACUUUGAGGUGGCACCAGUACCUGGGAUCUAUAAACAGACUGGAUAUGAAGAAGGCCGGAAUUUCUCUUCCCUGUUUGUCUCUUUUAAUUAUGUGAAGCAUUUGUACAGUAAGUUUUAAUAUACUGUAUUUAUGAAAGCACAUUAGAGGAAAACUAAUAAAUUCUAAACUACCUAA